AUGGCGCAACUUGCAGCUUUUACCACAGCUCUGGCAGACACACCCACUACCUCUCCACAGCUUCUCCGCACGAUGAAGACGGUCGCAAGGAUUUGUGAAGUCGGAAUCGGCAGGCUGCAGAAAGGCGAUGAAGCGCUAGCUGAUGCUCUGAUAAAGGACCACGCGCUCGGCGACUCCUUGCUGAAUGCAGCCCUGGCGCUCCGGACCGAGGUGUCUCGGCCGAAGCUCCCGUGCGGCGAGGGCCUCUUCCUCGCGCUCCAGGCCGAGCGCGGGGCGGCGGAACUCUUGGCAGCGCUCCUCGAGGAGUCCUCACAGGCCGUACGGCCACAGGGCGAGCAGCGGUUGCUGACAGCUGCGGAUGGUCGGUUGAUCCACGUCCUGGCCAAUUGUGCACCAGACCCGAGGCUCCACGAAACCCUGUGCGAACUCCUCUGGCGCGGCUUGCGACAUGUGGACAUCGACGCUGACAAGGCGAAGGAAACAGUCAAACUUCUCGAUGCUACGUGGGGUCUUCAUCUGGCAAGGCAGUUGAAGGAGGUCGAGCCGCAGCAGGUCUUGGAAUGGGGAAGAGACAUGGCACUGCAGAGGCUCAGCCUGUCCAGCCACCGGGUCGUUAGCAUCGAAUCCGUCCAGGUGACUUGGGGCCAGCUUUCCUUCACUGCGCGUGCGGACUUCUCCGCAUUUGCUUUGGAGCUGGGGUCUCACAAACCAAUUGAGUACGAGGGCAACCGGGCGCUGUUCUCUGCUGAGAUUCCGUAUUGCUUUCUGCAGAGCCAGUCGUCGACUGCACUGCACUUCCACUGCGAUGCCGCGCCCCUCGCCGCGCGGGGCCUCAUUCCAGAGGGAUUUGCUGCAGCACUCCGAGAUGGCAAGUUGAAGCUGCAGAUUCAGCCGCCCCGGCCGCGUGAGGUGAAGGAGGCCCUGCGAAUCUUCCGAGCUUUGGCCAGCUUCCAUCAGAGUGCAGGGGAGCAGGCGAGUCACAAAGAGGAGACUGCUGAGGUCAAGGUUGCGGCACAACCGAAGGUGAGGGCCAAGGCCCAGGCGAAGCAGAGGGCACAAGCAGAGCCGAAGGCCAAAUCCAAGGCGAAGGAAGCGAAGCCAAAAGCAAAGCCGAAAGCAAAGCCAAAGCCGGAGGCAAAGGCAAAGUCGCAGGCGAAGAAGGAGUCGAAGGCUUCGCAGAAGACGAGAGAGCGGGCUAAAGCCUCCGAUCCUGCGGAAUUGGAUGCGGCGCAGACAUCCUCGAAGAAGCGCAGCGCGCAGCAAUCGCUUGGGGAGGAUUGCAGUGCGCCGCGCAAGAGAGGAGCCAAGGCGGCACCGAAGGCAAAGGCGUCAGCUGCCAGGCCCAGAGCCGCGAAAGCGGCAGAGCGCAGCGGAGCGCCCGCUGCAAAGAAGAAGCCGGCGUGCAAGCGCUAA